AUAACCAGCUAAACAUUAUGAGGGGACGUGGAUAUGAUCCCUUUGCACCAGUGGAUAUGCAAAAGGUUAAGAUUCUGGAUGAUUGGUUGCAGUUAGACGAGGAAUAUCCAAUAGGCUCUCAAAACAAUGGUGUAGAAUUCUUUAAAAUUCUCCGAACUCCUCAAAACUGGCUUAAUGAAGAGAUACUUAUUUCACCGUCGUGUGGACCCGAAGUUAUAAUGAGUUUUUAUCAGCGCAAGAUCUGCCUAUUUUCCCCAAUGGAGCACAUGAUUAUUGUUCUGGAAAACUACCAGCAUUUGCAGGGACUGGGAAAAAGUGGAUGAUCGACGUUGAUUAUAUUACGGUGUUCUCUUUGUCAAUAACAACCAC